GUAUGUUAGACGAAUGGUAAUUGGUUUGAAAUGAUUAAAAUUGAUAUGGGAAACUCAGACGAAUUGCCAGGUUUCCCGCAAAUAGGGAUGCCGAGCGGUCGUGAAGGUAUAUUGUCUCAAGCUUCCACGGGAGAUGUGUUACUGACGGACCUUGAGAAUCUUUGGGAGGAAAACCCGGACUGCUUGGAAUCAAUACUGAACACUUCGAACAGCGAAUGCGGGAGUGAUAUUGUAGGGUUAGGAGGUGUAGGGUCGACAGAGAAAUUGGCCUCAAUAGGAGAGACCUUUAGUAGGCAAAACCAAGGCUGUGAAAUUGCCGAUAAUGGUUACUACUGCAGUGGGUUCACGACAUGCAACUCGCUAACUGAACCAGCUACCUCUGGGUUGGGAUCGGAGUUUUUUACUAACUAUUCAAAUUCUACCGAUUCUGGAAUGAAGAGAGAGCAGCACACUUCGCCGUUCAUGUACGAAAGGUUAGGUUCCACAAGCCAAGAGAUUGAAUCUUACCAAAAUUUUGAACAAAAAUGCAGAAGCUUCGAAACUUUGCACGAAAAACUUCACUCCAGCGCUGCAUACAAGUCAACUCAAACUAUUAACAACGGUCAAUGGCACCCCGCUACAGAAUUUUACCAUCAACAACUUGAACAUUCGAUAUCGUUGCCCAAUGGUUUAGUUACUCCACCGGUAAGCCCUGAAGAAGAAAGACGAAGAUCGACACCACCCCAACACACACAUAGCAGUUUUACUCCUUUACCGGAACACUGCAUUAAAACCGAACACCCGAAUAUAUACAAUGGUUGUGAGCGCUUGUGUGAGACGAAUUACCAAACCUCAUGCGCGCAGUAUACGACAGGGGCAUACAACUCUUUAAAUUCCACCACAACCGGUAUAGGUGGUGUAGGGGUCCAACAGCAUUUACCAAAAUAUCCGAAACCGAUGUAUUCGGAAGACAUACAGACUCUGCAGCAAACGAAUAAACCACCGUUUGCGCACACCGCACGCAGUAAUAGUUGGCCACACCAGCAACCCAACGGCAAUUGCGAACUUGUCUUUAACCCACACAGCGCAACAAUGUUUACCCAUCCUUCGUUUAAGCCAGAAGACGCGGCUUUUUCGAUUCUCCCGCACUACCCAGUCAAACAAGCCGUCGUAGACGAUAAUACCGCUGUAGAAAAGACGAAACGCGGUCGACGAUACUGGACCAGAAGGAAAGCCACCUUACACACUUGCGAGUAUAUUGGAUGUGGAAAAACUUACACCAAGAGCUCACACCUCAAAGCUCACAUGCGAACGCAUACAGGUGAGAAGCCAUAUCACUGCACAUGGGCGGGCUGCGGUUGGAGAUUCGCUCGUUCUGAUGAACUGACAAGACAUUAUCGGAAACACACUGGGCACCGACCGUUCAAAUGCAACAUGUGUGAGCGAGCGUUUAGUCGAUCCGACCAUUUAGCGUUGCACAUGAAAAGACACAUGUAAGAACCUGCUAGACGGCGUAAGCGAGCCGUACUUUAAAGGAGAAGUCCCGGGCGGACAAAUUUCGUUUCUUAUCGUUAAGGAUCAUCGAUUAAGUUCACACAACUUUUAUAUGCGCUGUGAUAUGAUGGUACAUUAUAAACUUAACAGCCUUAUUAUUAAGACGUACUUGUGACAUUUCGAAAUUGCACAAUCCACAUUUCGUGCCCGAUAUUUGAAAGUCAUUGUGAUGUAAUAAGUUUCAAUUGUGAGGUGAUUAUCGUCACAAAUUUAUCGCUUUUUUGUCGUGUACGCGUUUCUGGCCGAGCACUGCCGUUUUCGACACCAAAUGAAGUACAAAAUAUAUUUGAAACACAA